AUGGGCACCUCUUUACACAGCUGCUUUGGACACCCUGAGCAAUCUCGCAUAGAUCUUACUUGGCAUAAGAUGGUGCAUUGUGCUGAUCAUACCCUUCUGCGUAUCGUUAGAGAGGGGAUCUUCAGCACAGACAAAUUUAAGCUCAUACGUUCAAUGGAAAUUCUUACUGCUCUCUGUGGCUUUGAGGGAAAUGAGGCCACAAUAUGCGACUUCCUCGAUAAGAAUACCUUCGAACACAUUUUCAAUAUAGUCUGUAUUAAAGACAUAAUGAUGUGCGUUUACACAUUGGAGUGUUUAUAUCAGAUUUCGGAGAUGGGAGAUGUCGCAUGUCAGUUGUUGGCUGACAUACCGCGAGCCAUCACUCAACUUGUGUCUAUGGCUACGUUAGAAGCUGUCAGCUUUGGACCUGCAGGGCUUGCUGGCAUGAAAGUGGUGGAGUAUCAACCAACUCAUAUGAUGCAGCCACAUACUAUGCAGCAGCACAACCAGUAUGCUGUUCAACAUCAUCAAACACCGCAAAUCCAGCAAACGAGAGUGCUAUAUCCUGGAAGCACUCAAGUCGCUGGUCCACCGCAGCAAAUGCGACAUCUUGUACAACAGCAUAUGCAACAUCCAAAUGUUCAUGUACAGCCUCCUCACCAUAUAUCUGCUAUGCCACAAACGCCAAGAACUCAUUUCGCUCCUGCGCCUCAAGUUGCUGGCGUAGUUCCAGCUGGAGCGUCUGCAGGAGGAGAAAAUAAAGUCGAUCAACUGACGGAGCAGUGGAUCCGUCAAAAUUGUAUUUUGGAUAGGACUUCAGUUACUCCUCGUGGAGAGCUUUACGCAGCUUACGUGGAUGAUUUACGCAAUCAGUACCAUUCUCUCAGUGGUAGUCUCGCAAUGUUCAGUAACGUCAUGAAGAAUAUCUUCCCUGAACUUGUAUUCAAAAUGGCUGACAAUGGCUUGAUGAUGGUGGCACAAGGAAUCCGACUGGUGAAACCUCACCGUAAGUUGGACUUCACAAAAUAUUUUCAGCUGUAGAG